GUCGCUGUCGAUUAUGCGUUCCGAGUCCGUGUGAGCCUUGUGAGAAAGUUUGGGAUUAUGUGCUGGUUGUGUGGUAUCCGUAUUUCACUGGGUGCUCCCUUCGUUUUCUUUUUUCCUCUUCAUACAUAGUCUUUUGUCUUGUGAGGUUUUUUGUUUGGCGUUUGCGUUUAAGCGGGUGCGUAUUUCCCCGCAUCGAUUAUGAGAAGUAUAUGCUGAUAACCUGCAGUUUUUAUAGUUCGUUUUAAUUUUUUUGCAGCCGCACCACACCACCCACUAUGGAUCCCGAAAUCCUGGUGUUCAUGCCUCACGGCGAUGUCACCCUCAGACUAACUCGAGAAAUCGAGAAAGAAAUUCCACACAGUCGAUCCUCCUCCUUUUCCUCAAUCAAUUCUACACCAAGUAGAAGGGAAUCUAAAGUCAUCGAUGAAUUAGCAGAUGCAGCGCUAGCGGAAUUGGAAAACGAGUCAAACGACACGGCGGUGGAAGAAGAAUCAAGAGCGGAGGAACAAGAACUCGAGCCUGAAGAAAGUUCUUUUUUCUAUGCGCCAGAUCCUCCGGCUGUUGAGGAUGGCCCUUUCUUUCCCCCUCCUCCACGGGCGAGAAGGGAGUCUAAUGCGUCCUCGCGACGGGAAAGAAGUACGAGUCCGCCGGCUAGUUUUUGGGCGAAUUUGAAGAGACAGCAGACUGAGAGGGCGAUUGCAGCAGCAACGCCUCUUCCUGUUGAAGAAGUCCAGAAUGAAAUUCCAUUAAAACGGAGCCCCUCACGUCGAAGGCAAACGGUCAAAUUUACGCAGGAAGUGCACUGUGUUGUUUCCUCUAGACAUAUGAUGUUGGCUUCAGAGCAUUUUAUGACUUUGCUCUCGGGCGAUACCGAGGAAGCUAAUACACUAAGGACUAUUGGUCAUGUCACUAUUCCGCUUACGGUUGAUGUGGAGACGUUGGUCAUAUUACUUAACAUCAUCCAUGGGAAGACGAGAGAGGUUCCGCGGCAGGUUUCGUUGGAGACGCUGCGUGAGCUUGCGGUUAUGGUGAGUGACCUUAGAAUGAUUAGUUCGGUGGAAUUUUUCGCCGAUACUUGGAUUGAUCAUUCGAGGGAGGAGUUACCUGCGUCUUAUACAGAAGAUAUUUUGUCCUGGCUCUAUAUAUUUUUUGUAUUUGAGAGGCCGGAUGAGUUUAGGGAUGUGUCGAAAAUCACGGAACGGGAAUGUGAUGAGAAGAUUGGUGAUGAUGAGGUGGGACGUCUUCUGCCAGUAGCUGUUAUCAGUGAGUUCGAAAUGUUCAUUGCUUUCAUUGGAAUACGAAGACUAAUGUCGAAUAGAUGCCAUAAAACAAGCACGACAAAGCGCCAUUGAGACGAUAGUCAACGUUAUCCACUCCCUCAUCAAGAAAUACAUGGAUGGCAAAGUCCACUGCGAUAGCGGCAUGGAUGAAGACUUGCGAUUCGCUUGUGAUGCCAUGCUCCUCGGUUCUCUCAUGAAAGGUUCCUCGAAGAUUGGUAUCUGGCCCAGACCAGAGACGCCCUUCGUUGGGAAGAAAUUUAAUUCUCUCGCGGCGGAGAUUAGAAAAAUUAAGAUGGUCGAUGUUUGUGGGAAAAGUAGCGGGAGGAGAUGGAGUAGUUAUAGUGGGUUUGAGAGGAAUUCUCACGGAUUGGAGGACCAGAUUGAGAGUAUUAUCAAAGCUGUUGAGGGGGGUCUGGGAGGUCUUGACCUUGACCAGUAUAAAAAAGAAAGGUGAGUAAAUUCUUGAUUCUUGUAUGGUUGUUUGCUAAUCUUUUUGUAGUGGUGGGAGUUGGGACGAUUUCCGGGUCCACGUUGCUCCAGCGCCAGCCAAGAAAGAAUCACCUGUUCUUGAGAGUAUAGAGGAGGUACCAGAAGUUGAAGCAGAAGUUGAGCCAGACGUUCAGCCAGAAGUUCAACCAGAAGUCCAGCCAGAGCCUGAGACAUUAAUUGAGCCAGCACCCUGGCCUAAACCCGAAUCAAAAGCUGAGCCAAUAGUCGUCGAAUCAGAGGUCUAUCCAGAAAUCGAAGCCCACGAGCUCGAAGGUCGAGAAGUCGAACGGGAACCCGAGCCGGAAAUUGUCCUGGAAGGCCUCUCACCGGAAGAGCCUGUCCUAGAAAAUAAAGUAUAUGGAGGUUCUCUUGAAGCACGGAGACAAUCUAACUCCUCUCAAGAAAUCAUGGCCAGACCACGCCCAUCAUUCGCCGAUGAAGAUAGACCGUUUGUGGAUCCACUCAAAGUACGGAGACAGUCCAAUUCCUCGCAAGAGAACCCCCGCCCUGCAUUGAACGAGGCAGACAUUACACCAACAUUCGAACAAGCACGGGAAUCCUUCCGCGCUCUCGAAGCCUCAUCUCCUGUCUCAUCUCCCACCCCAGUAUCCAGAGACGACUCCCGAAACCCCUUUUUCCUCCAAACAGUCCAUACUCGUCCAGGAUCACUAGACCUCGACAGAGCAACGAUGAUUGAAGAACCAAAACCCGAGCCCGUUAAGAAAGGUUUCUUCGCGGACGUAAAAGAAACCGUGCUCCCAGAAAUGGUCCAACAAUCUCACACUCCCCCCAACCGCAGCUCCGUAACUUCUCCUACCCCAUACAAGGAGAAAGUCUACGCCUCCAUCUUCGAAGCUUCUCAAACAGAACCUUCAACAACCCCUCCACCUGUACACCCAAAACCGUCGAUGUACCAAUUGUCUAACCAAUCCACUAACCGACUAUCCAAUGCAUCAAUAAAUCAACUAUCCAACGUCUCCACCAGAGAACUAGCUCGGGCGCCCUCGCCUACACCCACAACUGCAGAUUUCACAAUUGACCAGAUUACACCACAGAUACCAAAGGACAUCAUAAACGCAAAACUCUUACGCGCUCACACGUCUACCAACCUAGAAACAGAUAAAGAAUAUCGUCCUAAAGAGCAAUACGUAAAACACCCAAUGGACCUCGCUAACACAAAACUCUCCCAAACAAUCUCAACAUCCUACAUCAAGCGAGGCGACCAACCCCAUCCCACCCAGUACGCUCAAUACCCCGAAAGCCGCACUCCCCCCAAAGUCCUCGCCCCCAGCCCACGCAUCUCCUCGCCUCCGCGCGUCUCCUCGCCCCCAAAGCCCUCUCAAGCCUAUAAAGUCAAAUCCCCCGUCACCAAACCCGCUCAGCCCAAGCAACCCGUGCAGCCCGUUCAACUGGACAAAGAAAGCCCCAUCAGCACCAUUAACCUCCGACCGAUGAGCAAAGGGGAUCCCGUCGCGGAUCUCAGGGACCUGAUUUCCAGGCCUGAGACUCCCGUGUCUCCGAUGCCGAGUCUGAGCUUGAUGCGCACAAGGACCGAGGAGAGUCCGGUUGUGGGUGUGGGUGGGAGGGAUGGCACGGUGGAGGGAGAUGUCUGGAUCCCGAACCCGGGGGGGAAGGAGAAGGCGAGAAAGAGUAAGAAGAGGUUUGCUGUUAAUAGGUUUUAGGGAGGCUUUGGCUGAGGUUCUUGCAGCGGUGGGUUUUUCCGAGGCUUUCAUAUUCGGUGCUAGGACGAAUUUUAUGGUUUUUGAGGGCGUGGUGGUUGAGGUGGAAUAAUAUGUGCGAGCAGGAUUUAGGAAUAUGUGUACACUGUACUGUACGUGUUGAUGGUUACGACUUACGAAUCGACGAAGCAUGGACGACGACAGACCAGACCAGCGGAACGAUUUUGUUCUGUAUGCAUUCGCCAGAAAGAGAAAUUGGGUAGAUAGAAAUAGGAAGGAAGGAGGAAGAGCUGGGAUAUACAUGUGAUUGGUGCGUGGAGGUUGAAAAGUUGUAUUGAGGGGUAAGGAAGUCAGUUUUGUUAUUAUGGAGGAGCGAUACGGGUUUUGCUGGGAUUUGGCGUACAGUGCGUGUUAUUUUCGAUAUCCUCCUACUGCAGUUUGUUGUUUAUGUACGUUUUUGCAUUGGUGUUGAAUAUGAAGUUCUUUAGCAUUAAAAGAAUUAUCUUACUAUUAUCCUGUCU